AGAUGGACCGACUGAGCGUAAUUUCAUUCCUAGCCCUCUUCAGUUUGGCGAUAGCAGGCCCAGCCGUAAAAACGACGUUCGAGAAAUCAACGAACUACGACUAUCGAGGGACGACAUUCUACACGGCGCGUAACUUAUCUUUAUACGAAUGUCAGGAGCGAUGCAGAAACCGUGUAGAUUGCCAGGCAGUUGCAUUUUCCUUUGUUGUGAACCCUCUGGCGCCGAUCCAGAACACGAUGUGCGAACUUCACAAUGAGACUUCGGCGACCAAUCCCGAAGCUCAGCCUCAACGAGCUGUUAAUAAAUAUUACAUGACCAAGCUUCAACUGAGAUCUGACAAUGUCUGCCGACGAUUAUGGUCCUUCGAGCGAGUGCCAAACAAGAUGAUCCGAGGCCUGGACAACGCAGUGAUCUACUCAUCAUCAAAGGACGCAUGUCUUGCCUCGUGCUUAAGCGAAAGAAGGUUCACCUGCAGAUCAGUAGAGUACAACUACAUGUCCCUGCAGUGCGCGAUGUCAGACGCAGACCGUCGGUCAACUGGGCAGUUCGUCCAGUUCGUGGAUGCUCAGGGGGUGGAUUACUUCGAGAACUUGUGUUUGAAGCCAAAGGACUCCUGCAAAUCUUCAAAGGUCUACCAGCUUCCGAGGAUCGGAGUCGCAGAGGACAAGAUCGCCCAGUAUGUUGGACUCCAGUACUACGUUGAUAAGGACUUAGCGGUCCCUACCGAGGCUUCCUGCAAGCUCGCCUGCGAGAACGAGUCCAGUUUCCUCUGCAGGUCCUUCCUCUACCGCGGUCCUCCGACAGGCGACAGUAACAACUGCCAGUUGUUCCACUUGGACCACUACUCUCUUCCAGAUGGACCUUCAACUUACUUGAACUACGAGCGACCUCUGAUUGACAAUGGAGAGAGAAUUGGAACUUACUAUGAAAAUUUCUGCGAAAAGGGCACUGAACUUCCACUUUAUAUUGAACCUACUGAGGAUCCUAGUUAUUCUCUCAGAAAUGGGUCCAAUGCCAAUUGUGAUAAAACUGGAACCUGCUACAAUGUGACCGUGGACUGCAAGGACACCAAGAUUGCAGUUCAAGUAAGGACCAACAAGCCUUUCAAUGGAAGAAUUUACGCUCUGGGAAGGUCAGAGACUUGUAACAUUGAUGUUGCCAACAGCGACCUCUUCAGACUGGACUUGACAAUGUCAGGACAGGAUUGUAAUACUCAGAGUGUUACCGGUGUCUACUCCAACACCGUGGUCCUUCAACACCACUCGGUGGUAAUGACCAAAGCCGACAAAAUUUACCGGGUAAAGUGCACCUACGACAUGUCUUCCAAGAACAUUACCUUCGGGAUGAUACCAAUCAAGGACCCAGAUAUGAUCAGCAUCACCAGCGCUCCUGAGGCCCCGGCGCCGAAGAUCAGAAUUCUGGACUCGAGGGCUCGAGAGGUCGAGACUGUCAGGAUUGGAGACAAGUUGACCUUCCGUAUUGAAAUCCCUGAAGACACGCCUUACGGAAUUUUCGCGAGGAGUUGUGUAGCCAUGGCCAAGGACUCAAAAAGUACUUUCCAAAUAAUCGACGACGAAGGAUGUCCUGUAGACACAUCAAUUUUCCCCGCAUUCACCUCCGACCGCAAUGCCCUCCAGUCAGUAUACGAGGCCUUCAGGUUCACCGAGUCUUACGGAGUCAUUUUCCAGUGCAACGUCAAGUACUGUCUGGGACCUUGUGAGCCUGCAAUUUGCGAAUGGGACCACGAAUCAUUGGAAUCCUGGGGCAAGAGGAAGAGGAGGAGUGUCUCUAAUUCUACUGAAGAGGACAUGACCUUGUCGCAGGAAAUUUUAGUCCUUGAUUUCGGGGAUGAAAAACAGUCCGAGUUCUUCAGGAGUGACGCCAGUGUUGACUUCAAUGAUGCUGAUAAAACCGUGACAAUAAUCGAGCCAUGCCCCACGAAGACAUCGGUCCUAGCCUUGGGAGUGACUUGCGCCCUUUUGGUCCUCCUCUACAUCUCGACGGUCUUCUGCUACUACAUGAAGAAGUGGUUGUCGCCGCGCAAGAUGAUGCAUUAG